AUGGCAUCUCCCUUUACAGCGGUAGGGACGUCUCCAGGUCCAGCUAGGGCUGAGGUGAAUAACCAGAGGACCACGAGGGCUGUAGCGGCAGUCACGGGCCAGCGGAAGGUCAAUGGGGGUGCUACCGGCGGUGGCAAUGAUGAUUCACCGGACUCUGUAGUUCGUAAGCUGGGCUUUGAUGCGGACAACACUCCUCCCUCUACUACUGGUGCCAACCCUGUGGGGGAGGCUUUCCCUAGCUUGCGGACACCAGUGAGCCCUUCCUCAUCGGCUGUUACCAUCAGUGCCCUUCUGGUCCUUCAGCCUAGCAACGAUCAGAGCCCUGCCCCCGGCUCCCUGGAUGGCAGUCAGCUGUCCUGCAGUGACCUAGUUACACCGAGCCGAGUACUUGGCAAGUCGAGCGGCCGAUCGGGGAGCCUUAGGAAGAUCCUCCGUGAAGGCAACCACACCCUCAUGACCAUCUCACCGGGUUCCUCCACUGCUGAGUUCGCAGCUGGGUUGGAGGGUAGCCAGGAGGGCCUACUGUCGUCUAGAGAGGACCAACCUGUCGAGCUAGCCUGUGAGGAGGAUGCCGAUGACCAGGACACUGCGGUUGAGGGUACCCCGACCAAUCGUCAAGCAACUGGUCUCAACGACCCCAACUCUGGUAAGGCAACAGGGUGGACUCAGUACUAUCGAGUGUUCGCCGUAGAUGAGGAGGACCUGGGCGACGCGUCCCCUCAAGUCCCCAAGCCCACCCCUCACAAAGAGGAUGACCUCACUCAGUUCGACUGCCUUACUAUGACAGAGUGCCCCCGGUGUGGUAAGGCUUUCCGUACCAAAGCCGAUGUCAAGAACCAUAUGCUCACUUGUACACAUAGGGUUCGAUCUGGGUCCUUGCUGACCGCGCGGACCCAUGACGGUUCUCUGGACUCAUUGUCGGCCCUCGAUGGUCCCGCACUGGGCGAUGCUGCGACAGAGGAGGACCUCAUGCGAACUCCAAUGUCUCUACAUUCAGUACCAGGGCCUGCCCUACCCCUACCACAGCAGCAACAAGGGCCUCAACAGUCGGGCACCAAGGCAACGCCUGGCACCGGUGGGCAGACCCUUUUCCUGCAUGAGACCCCACAAGUCCCACCUGGCGGCUCCCCGAUGAAGUUACCGGACUUUGGCAAGUCCAACCGUUCCCUCGACUCCUCCUCAGGGAUGGUAAGCCCCUCGCCCAUUGACCCGGCCGCAUGGACUAGUCAGGUGGUCCGAGACCCAUCCACGUCGCUAUCACCGUCCACCUCCUCUGGGGAUAACUUGGAGGCCUUCUUCGGCAAACGAGUGUCUAGCUUGGGCAAGAAGGCCAGUAGCAGCCCACAGCGGACCGCCCUAGCUUCGCCACCUUCCAUGACGGCCAUACCUGAGGCAGAGGUCGUCGACUGGGACGCUGAGAUAGAGACCUUCCUGGCCAGCGUUGGGUCCUCUCGAUCAAGCAGUAUGGGUCAACGGCGUACACGUGCUCAGCUCCGUCCCUUUUCAGACACUGAGGACCCAGGGCUUGUCGUCCCUGCAGGGCCCACAGGACCAACGCCCCCGGACUGGCAAGUCACAUGGGCCAGUCGACGGGCUUUCUCAGCUCGUCACGGCCGACUCCCCGCACGAGAUUCUACGACCAGUUGUACAGUGGAGAUGAUGAAUUGCACAUCGAUGAUGCUCUCUGUCCGAGACCCAGACUCCAACCUUAUCAGCCGCAUUGACCACGUGUCACACCUCAAGGACCUCAGCGUGCUAGACCCUUUACCCGAGGAGCCUUAUACCACUACUACAUCCCCUGCGGGGGGUAUCUAUCCCCAUAGCCUCGACCAGGUUAGUGCAUGCCCAGACCUUCUGACUGGGUCCGGCCGAGGCUCCGAUAGCGAUACAGUAGCGGGGACGGGCCCCAGCAGAAUACCAAGACGCUCCCCUAAGACCUCUCAUCGACCAGUCCUAUCCCUUAUGCCUAGUCCGAGCAACAAUGCGGGUUCGGCCGGGGAGGUAUCGACGAGCCACAGAUGCUCCCAUUGCGGUCGAACCUUCGCGUCUCGCGAGAAGCUUGCUGUUCAUGAAAGAGUGUGUCAGAAAGUGUUCAUGACCAAGGCCAAGAACACUGCUCUUGAGGCCUUUGUACGGUCCACCUUUGCGGAGGACGACACCGCGGUCCGAGACCUUAGCACAACUCGGACCACUGUGGUGAAGCCUCAGCCGAAGCGGACCGGAGGAGGAGGAGGCGGCGGCUCUCCCAAACCUGUGUCGAGGGACCGCUCUCGAGGUGGUGCUAGGAAGGGGCCAACGCGGCGGACGGAGCCUGGAAAGAGGCAACAGCAGUCUGACUCACCAGAGCUCAGGAAUACGGAGCAGAGGUCCAGCAUGAUGACCAGCAGAGAGGCUGAGCUGCGUUCCAGCCUAUUGAGUACCGCUAGGAAGUCGCGUGGGUCACUACUGGCUGCUCUGGCUCGGGACGACUCGUCGGCGUGCUUGGUCGGGGGCCGGGCAUCAGUUGACAAGGACGAAGGCUGGCAACGACGAAGCGCCGAGCUUGCACGGAAGUAUACCAACUGGAGCCAGAGUAUUCUGCGCAGUAGUCUCGAGGCUGCCAAUAAGGCUGCUGAGCCUACUGCCACAGUUGGGGCCACCGAGGAGGCUUCUCUUGCUGCUGCGGACCUCAUCAACCCAUGGGACUCAUCGCGGGCCCCUAAAGGCGUUCCGACGGAACCCUCGGGGGUCCAUUCGGAGCAAAGCAGGAUCUCGCGUCGGGCGGUGAGCUUCGCUGGUGUCAAUGAGCCUGCCAAUAUACCCCCAAAGGAGCGGCCCCAACCGAGCGAGUCAAGACUCUCCCUGGCCUAUGACUCAGCAGUUGACAAGAAGUCCCAGCUGGCGAGCAGCCAAAACCAUCAGCCCGAGCCCCAUGAGGACUCUCUGCCGUCCUCCAGACUGUUCAUGCAAAACACCAAUCAGGCAGCGGAGGCCCCACCCCCUCCUCCGGUCGUGUCGAACAGCAUGUCCUCGAGAGGAAGCAUGUCGAUAGAGGACAUCAUCAGGAAGUACAGCAGUAUGAGUAAGGUGGAGAUCGUUGAGUCUCCCCGUCAUAGUCGAGAUCAUCGUGUGGUUCGUCGGCCGAGUGGGGACAAGCCAACGACACCAAAUGCUGGUCCUGAUGUGCCAGAGGAGCACAGUUCGGGCAGCUCAGACAGGCCCCUCUACGACCCUAGCAAGUACUAUGGUGACAACAGUGAUGACGACACUCGCACGACAGGCUUUAGCGCCCCGGAAGGGUAG